ACUUCCUCCUUUACUUGGUUGGACACUACGCCACAUCCCACCCGCCUUGGACUGUGGUGUCCAGCAGCGUCGCCUGCAUCAUGGGGGGCCUUGGACCCUCCAACAGGCUCCUGUCUCUCCUGACUGUGGGUGGUCUCAGCCUCGUUCAGGCCCACGCAGACUGCAGCUGCUCUUCGGUGAGCCCCAGCGUGCUGGCGGGGAUCGUGCUGGGUGACCUCGUCCUCACCCUACUCAUCGCCCUGGCCGUGUACUCCCUGGGUCGGCUGGUCCCUCGGGGGCGAGGGCCCACGGAGGGUGAGUGGAGCUGGCCGGGGAUGGCCUGGGACCCUCCGAGGACUUGCCUGGCGGGGAGGGCUAAGCUCCCAAGUCACGUCCACCCGAAAAGAGGUGAUGGAGGGGCGGCUUUGGCAACAAAAUGGUCUCAAUUCUCACCCCGUCUGUCUCUGAACUCUGCUGUUCCCCACCCCCAAGCAGUGGCCCGGAAACAGCACAUCACGGAGACAGAGUCGCCUUAUCAGGAGCUCCAAGGCCAGAGGACAGAUGUCUACAGCAACCUCAACACACAGAGGCCAUAUUAAAAAUGAGCCCAAACGAGGGCAGUCAACAACCUGAUGCCUGGAUCCAAACAUUCCUGAUGCCUGCUCAGCACUCUAUUCCUACUCCCACCAAGAUACAGAUCCAGAGUGUCCACAGUGAGACGUCAGACCUCUCCCCACUACUGCCCCCAAAUAAACAUGGAGCAC